GGCACAUCACAGCAUCAUUUUUGCUAGUUUAAUGUAAAAGCAGCAUUUCUUGUACAGGGCACAGCAGUGCUGAGGUGUGGCAGACUUAGGACAAACAGACAGACAAAACCACUGCUGUCAUUGCUUCUAGGUUCUCAGGUUCUGUAUGUCAGAUCGGCGUGGUUCAGGAUCUUGUUUUUUGAAGGCGCUGGGACUCGACAGGUGCUGUUCUUUUCCACCAGCGCUCCAACACCAUUUUCACCAGUCCUGUGCAAAUCUCGCUCCGGCGGCAGCGCGGAAUCCAUCUGCUCUUGUUGCCGCAGCGUCCGCCGAGUCCAAGCUGCUGGAGAAGACAAUCAGAGAGUGGUGCUAACCUCCCUAAACCUGCUGUGAGGGCAGGGACGCCGGCUCCCAACAGCAGCAACGCACCGACCGCUUCUCGCGGGAUCAGGCCGCCUCCAGCUUCUCCUUGGUGGCGGCGAGCCGGCACUGGAGCCGGUGCUGGCGCCAGCGCAGGAAUCGGCGGCGGGCACUGUUUGCAUGCCAGCCCACCAGCACCCCAGCCGCGAAAGCUACCAGCAGCGCCCAGCGCACAGCCCGCGGCCGCAGGACCUCUAGACCCAUGCCCGCUCGCAGGAUCUUCUCCUGGCGGCAGCGUUUGUCUCUGAUGCGCAGUACAAUAGAAAUAUUCCUUUCAAGACCUCCCCGGAGGCAGUCAGACUUUAUCGUCUCUAUAACCACUGGACUAUGCGAACAGCCACCUACUUUUUCAUCUUCCUCAACCUGUCUCUUGCAGUGUUUGAAGAACCUGCUGUGUAUCCUCUCCCCUUCCUGGUCACUUCUCUGGUUGAGGUGCUGUGCCUUCUGGUGUUCUUUGGCCGACUGACACAUUUUGCAAAGGUCACCCAUCGCAGCAUAUUCUGGAAGGAUACCAAAAACAUCUGCAUCAUGGCUGCAGUCCUGUUGUCCCUAACUGACUUGGCCAUAUAUGGGGUCCUCAGGGUAUACAAUGUGAAGAGCAUUCGGUGGUCAAGAAUUUUAAGACCCGUCUUCCUGAUCAACUUUGCAGAGAGUCGUCAGAUUCGGAGAGCUUUCCGCAGCAUCCGCAACACACUGCCAGAGAUUACCUAUGUCUUCUUGCUCUUCAUGUUUAGCCUUCUCAUGUUCUCUCUCAUGGCCUUGAAGCUGUUUGGUGAGAGGAAUCUCCAGACAGCAGAAGGCUUGCCAUAUUUCAGAAACUACCUACAAAUUGUGUUUGACCUCUAUGUGCUGGUGACAACAGCAAACAGCCCUGAUGUCAUGAUGCCAGCAUUUGACUUCAGCUCAUGGUAUGCCCUGUUUUUUAUUGCCUUUGUCAUCGUCAACACGUACAUCUUCAUGUCUCUCUUCCUGGCUGUUGUAUACAACAACUACAAAAAACACCUGAAGAAUGAGAUCCGUAAGCUUGCUUACAUGAAGCGCCGCAAAAUGAUAGAGGCCUUCAACCUCCUGAAGGAAGAGGAAGGAGCACAGUUUGUGGUUAGAGAAGCCCGGUGGAAACAGCUUGUCAAGCUGGUGGCUCCUGAUAUCAGCAAUUCCCACCGAGAGCUGCUGCUGCGCAUCUCAGAUGAUGAGCAGAAGAGCUUUAUAGACAAGAAGUCCUUUAUACAGCUGGCAGAUCUCCUCAACAUCCAGGUGAUUACCCUGAAAAUCCGCAGCCAUCCUCUGGGCCAGUGGAUGCCUCGCAUGUACAAGUCAGCAGUGAGUCGGUUCCUGCGCAGCAUGGUUAGGCACAGGGGAUUUGUUUGGACCUAUGAUGUGAUCAUUCUAAUAAAUGCUAUCUUCAUUGCUCUGGAUGAGGAAACUCCUUAUAUCUCUUAUGCAGAGUGGGUCUUCCUUGCUUUGUAUAUAAUUGAGAUAUUCCUGAAAGUGUACACCUAUGAACCGAGGGCGUUCUUUGGCAAAAAUCAAUUCUGGAACUGGUUUGAUACCCUCAUCAUCUUUGCUGCUUUGACUGCAACGAUACUCAAUACCACCUUGAAAUCGAGCACAAAGUACAACAGCCAACAGAUCCUGGACAUUGUUUUCAUCUUAAGGGUCCUCAGGCUGAUAAGGAUUGUUGACAGCAUUCAAAGGUUCCGAGUCAUCAUGAACACGCUGAUAAACAUCAUGCCAACAAUGCUGACGUUUGGUGGGCUGACUCUGGUUGUGUAUUGUGUAUUUGCUAUAGUUGGCAUGGAGCUAUUCCAUGGAAAGAUUCGGUUCUUCCCUGCGAGCUCAAAUGCUCCUCAUGCCCUAGAAUGUGGAAACCCAGCUCUCAAGGACUCUGUCUUUGCCCGUGGGAAAUACUGCAAGAACAACUUCAACAACUUUGCAUCAUCCUUCAUUGUCCUGAUGGAGCUCACUGUAGUCAACCAGUGGCAUGUUUUUGCCAAUGGAUUUGCCAGCGUGACAGCUCAGCCUGCAAAGCUGUACUUCAUUGCCUUCCACAUUGUGAUGGUGAUAAUAAUUAUCAAUAUCUUUGUGUCAUUCAUCUUGGAAGCUUUCUUUGUUGAGUACUCCUUGGAGAAGAGUGAAGUAGAAACAGCCAUUGAACAGAAAAUCCAGGAGCUGGGAAUGGGAGUUCAUGAGGAUGAGCUCCAGGAUGAAAAGCUCCUGGAGAACAUGGAGAGUGCUGACCAUGACCUCGAGGGAGAACACGGAUCAAAGCCACAGUCUAAAGGGCUAGUGUUUAAAAUUGCCUCCAAACGGUACAGGACAGUUGAUGCUCUGCUCCAGCGUAUGUUUGAGGCAGAGAUACCCCUGGAGGAUGAAGGCCCUUCAUUUGAAGAGAUCUUGAACUUGUCUCCUGCUGCUGCCCUACCCAGUAAUCUGACUUUGGAGAGUGCUGCGUAACACGGACAAUACACAGCAGGCAAUGAGGAGGAGCUAAUUAUCACCUGCCUGGGUGUCAAGCAUGUGUCCCUGGCUGGCUCAUGCAUGUCAGGACCAGAUCACAGUGGAAGGGGUGGCUGAUGCCAGACACAGCUUCAUCAUGUAAAGGAGCUUUAUUCCGUGUAAAGUCUCAUAUAAGUGUUGAAAUUGAAACCACUGUCAUGGGAGAGCAGAGGGACAGUUGGUGUACCUGUCGAGUAACGGUGCCGUAUUCAGUAUCCUAUAAAAUACCUACUUGUAACUGGAAUCUUGUACUACAGCACUUCUGUAUGCGUAUAUGGACUGUGUAAGCUGCAUUAAACAGCUCUUUACAUUAAAUUUACCAGUCUGAAGUA